AUGUAUUUCUUAUAUUCUUACUCCACGAGACUUGAAACAGGUAAAACGAAAAAACAACAACAACAUCAAAAAACACUCAGGAACUUAUACUGAAAUGUAGGUUUGUUUUAAUAUUAAACUGGGUCACCCUAUAUUUGCGCUGGUAUGUGACAAACUGCUUUACUACAGUGUGUUUGUGUACUUAUGAUAUCAACAAAUAAAUGUUUUUUCUUUUAGGUCUCUUUGAUGGCAGACCCGCAGACUAUUUGUUUAUGAUACUCUUCAAUGGAUGUAUCUUAAUUGUAUCCUUUUAUGAUGCAAAACAUGCCGUGCAUUGAAAUCAGUGAAGUUGAAAAUGAUGUUUCUCUAUGAAUGGUUCCAGUGUCUCUUUGUUGUUUUUCUUCUUCAAACAAAAUGCAUGGUCUUAAAAGUGACAUGCUGUUGACUGUUACUUCCAAAAUGAUCAAUGCUAUGAUUUUUUCUAAAUCAUCAUCACCAUCAUCAUCCGUACAUGAAAAUAAAUUUUAUUUUCAGUGCUAACAAUAAGUAGGAAUGUAGGUAUAAGUUAAUUCAUGUGGAGCAUCAUGAAGAUGAUUGUUUUUCUUGACAUGCAAUGCCAUCAGAUAAUAGGCUUCCUCAUACCUUUGAUGGUAAGUUUUUUUCUUCUAUACAGUUACUGCAGGUAGGGUAAUUUAUUAAAAUGUGAGGGUUAUACUUACAUUAAAGUGAAAAUAAGAGAAAACUAGUUGGCCACAAAAUUUCUGUCAGUGUUUUUUGUUGAACUCCUCACCUUUUGCUCUGUUUUCAUAUAAUAAAUUUUAAUACUUAAUCAUAUCUAACACAACCUGUCUGAUUUGACAUGUUUAUUUUAGCUUCUUAUGGACCCACUUGUUCUCAGUGUUCUGUAUGUUUGGUGUCAAGUGAACAAAGACAUGAUUGUACAGUUCUGGUUUGGAAUGCAGUUUAAGGUGGAGUACUUUAUUUUUUUUAGUCUUAUCUUGGCCCUUUCUUCCUAAAAGAAGACAUAUAAACACCUGAGAGCUGGGCAAUCCGUAAGGUCUCCGUUCAGGACUUAAACAGAUUAAUACUACAAUGCUUUUUGCGGUUAAUGUUUCAGUAGGAGAAGCUCUAAGUGUAGUUACUUCGUUACUUGUAUUACUAUAGUUACAGUACGGUAAAAUUCUGAUUAUAAGCCCUGGGCUUACACAACUUCAUGAGGGGUUUAACAGGGCUUAUAAACUGGUGGACUUAUAACUGGACUAAAAAAAGUGUUUCAAAACAAUUUACAAAGCAGUGCUUAUCAAAAUACUUUUUGAAUUUGAUCACUUUUUCAAGCUUCAAAAUGUCCUAAAAAGUUGAAUUCACUUAAAUUCAUGCUAUAGGGGUGCUUUUAUCUGAGUGUCGGGGGGAAGCUUAUAAUUGGAUCUAUUUUGAAAUCUAUUUUUUUUGUUUGCAGUUCGAUGGGCCUAUAAAGGGGGGUUUAUAAUCAUGGGAAGUUUGCAGUAUAUCUAUUUUGGUUCAAUUUUGUCCUUGGUUUAAAUUUUAUUUUGCUUUGUUUUGGGGUAUGGUAAUAUAGGAUAAUGAGUUUGAAACAAAGGAAAAUAAAAUUUGAACCAUAACAUAUCCUAUUUUAAGACUCUUUUAAUGUCCUUAAUUUUAGCUGUUAUUAGCUCAUGACAAGUUCAGUGACACUAGGAAAAAAAGUAAAUGAUUGAUGGUGUUUUAAGACAGAAUCCGCCAGGAAAUUGAGUAAUUUUAAUUUUCAGUGGACAAAAUCCCUGUACCAGAGUAAUAAAUUAUUUAAAGAAUAUUGCAUUCUUUUUACAUUUUUCAAGGGCUAAAGAUGUAAUUAGUCAUCUGUAAUAACACCAAACAAAAUUUUUCAUGGGAGCCUGAGAAAAUGAAUGUCAAAUUUCACAAGAAUGUGAAACCACAGGUAAAAUUCUGAAAACUUCAUUUAGCUGUCAAUUUGUGAAAUUUGACAUUAAUCAUUUUCUCGAGCUCCCGUAGGAAGUUUUCUUUGGUGUUAUUACAGAUGACUUAUUACACCUUUAGCCCUUGAAAAAUGUUAACUUGUUAAAUUAUUGCCGUGAUACCUUAAAAAUGAGCCCUGAACGUUUACAAGCUGUCUUGGCUUAACUGAGAGGACAGGGCCCCACCAACAAGCAGUGUAGUACUAUUGAAUCUGUGCUAGUUUGGGCUGAAGCACAGGAUUACAAGGCAGGGCUAUCAAUAAGGGCCAGUAGCCCGCCAAAACUGCCUACUAAUUAGCCAUCCUUAACCGGCUACUUUUAUCUCCUUCUACCAUAACUACUAACAAGAAAUUAGCACCAUCAAAUAAAAUUGUAAAGCAGUUGUUUCCCAGUUUUGAAUGACAUUGAACACAUAUUUACCGGUUAACAGGUUUAGAUCUGUGAAACAUUCUAACCGUGCAAUGUCAUGGAAUGCCUGCAUUUCGACGGCAUUGUUCCCAGUCUUGUGUGUAUUCUGACGAAACAACAUAGCAUCUGCGGCGGAAAAUACCUCAUGAAAACCCCUGUGAACAUCAUUUCCAGGACUCCAAAUUUCUAAAUGUCCCUAGAUGCCUUGCGCCUUUGGUGCGAGUUCCAAAGCCGCCUACUAUUCAUUAUCAGCCUGCUACUUAAAAAAUUUUUGACAGCCCUGCAAGGUUGCAAUUUUCAACUUUUUAGAUGUUACUUCUUCAAAGUUUAUCUUUCAGUCUUUGUUCUCAUCAUCACUUUUUCCCAUUUUUUAACUUUUCUUCUUUCAGUCUUGGGUUUACCAAAUAUCAAAGAAAUUGUACCACCUAAAAUAUAAAUAUAUGUACGUAUCUUGUGGUUCAAUUUUAUCCUGGUUCAAAUUUUAUUUCCUUUUGUUUUUGGGUAUGAUAGUGGAUGAUAAUGCAUUUGAAUAAAAAGGAAAUAAAUUUAAACCAUGGAUAAAGUUGAACCACAACAUAUAUUUUUGAUCCUGUUUGUUGCUGACAUGACUCUUUUGUUCUUUUUAUGGUGAUAAGUUGGUGGGAAAUAGUCGUUUGAAUAAUUUUGACUUUUCUUGUGUUUUUAGCAUAUCAAAUUAUUGUAUAAUAAAUUUUUCUACCAAAGUAUACUGAGAUACAAGAAAGAAUCCUGAGUCCCUGGUCCUUAAUGACAGUGCUGAUGACAAAUAAAUUGCUGACUAUCUUUGCUGCUUCGUCCUUAGGCAAUGUAUUUACCAUGGGUGCUGGCAAUAUUUAACAUGAUCCUUCAGGGAGGGUAUGUAGCACCUUUUUUCUUUUCACAGAAUGUAGAACCAUUUCGUGCCCUUUUCUUUGCAGAAAUUUGCUCAUGUUUUCUUUGAAUAUGGUGGCUGUUUCUUUUACUGUCACCACUGAGUUUUUUUUUUUUUCACUUCCAGUUCUAGGGAGGCAUGCUACAAUGUCAUCAGUAAACCAGCAACAAAGCGAAAAAAAUCAGAUUAUUUAAAAAGUUCAAACUGUUUUAAUCACAGAAUACAUAAUCAUGUAGAGAAAGCUUGUUAACACUAGUGAUAGUUUAUGCCGCUUUGGUUCUUAUUAUUAGUCAAACUUUUCAACUCACUAAUGUGAGCCUACAAACGGUGUUCUUGUGCAUUCUGAGGAAUGCAUAAUAACAGUAUUGCUUGUUUGAAAAAGGAACCAGUAAGGUUAAGUUGAACUUUAGAUUUUUGAUGAUUUUUGUUGUAGUGUGAGAGUAACUAUGCAGUCCAUUGAAAAAUUGUUAGGGCAACCGUAACAGUAAGUAAACUUGACAUUGUGUGAAAUUUCUAAUGGCCCUUCUGUUGGUUUGAUUUUCAGUGGUAUUAUGGAGCUUAUUGGCAUUUUUGUUGGACACCUUUAUUUUUUUCUCAUGUUCAAGUACCCACAAGAUUUUGGAGGGCGUCGCUUCCUUUCCACUCCUUCCAUACUGUAAGAAUUCAAUAAUUUUUUUUGUAUUAAUAACACUGAGGUUUGUCCUAUUUUAAAGAGAUCUUAAUGAGAUGGUAAUAUAAAAGCCCAUAAAACAUGUGGUACAUGUAAGCCCCAUUUAAGCCGUGUCUUUGUGUACAAGGUUUUUCCUCGACGAGUUUCCUCGGUUGUGUAAAUGGUAAAACUUGACAAUUUUCCACCCUGUCAAGGAAAAACUUGUCGAGAAAUUUUCCAAAUUUUCAUGAUCGAGUUUUACUCAUGGCAAUGGAGCCUUGUUAGCAUGUAAAUUUUGGGAAUUAUAUUCCAGUUAUGACGUUAGAUCUAUAGAAGUUUGCCCUAAUAAUUACAAAAUAACUCCAUUCCCUUUUGUAAGUGGGUAUACAGACUGUUAACUUGUUUCUUUACGUUACUUGCAUUGUAAUCAACGCAGUUUUGCGAAAUACGUUAGAACCCUCAGAAACCUUUAUAUUCGAAGAGGUUAUUUCGUAGAAAUUUUCACAUUGCUGCUAAUACACCUUUUUUUACCCCUCAAAUUUUCAUAACCAUUGUUUCCAAUAUCCCAUGUUCGAUGUAUUAAGAUUCUAAAAUGACUCCGAAGCUUUAGGAAAAAAAUUGAAAAUUUUUCUCGACUCCAUUUUCUCGCAAUUCUCAGACGAGACUUGAGCACAAAGAAAACCAAACCAAGGGUCAAUUUAAUAAAACUUUUACAAGUGUAGCCAUUGUCUUAGGGCCUGUUUACAUGGAGUGGGGGACCCCGGUCUAGUGGGGUUGGUUUCUUUUGUUUUCACGCUCUGAGGGACUCAAAACAAAAGAAAACUACCCCACUAGACCGGGGUCCCCCACUCCAUGUAAACAGGGUCUUAGAGUCUGAAAACAGAAGCUGCACUUGUAAAUUACAGUUGUAAAAUUUUAAUUAAAUUGGCCCACAUAUAAGAAUAUGAGCAGAAAGACUCGGAGUCAUGUUAGAAUUUUAAUAUAUCGAAUGUGGGAUAUUUCUCCUGCGUAUUUAAGUCGUAAUAAUAAAUUGAAGACAAUACUUCCAAACUUUGGGUGGGUAAACAAAGGUUGCUUACCAAUUACACAAACCCACCGGGAGGAAAUCUUGAUAUAUUGACGUGGUGGCAGAACUGCCCGCUAGAAAGUGUAUCCAAAUCAGCUGAACAGACUUAAGAGAGUAAACAAAUUUCAUCGCCUUAAAUAACAGCCCGUAUUUUCUGAAGCUCUCCAAACAGAAUAGCGCGUACCCUUUGAUUUUCAUCCGCAAUUUCCGUUUUUUCCAUGUAAAUGGUAAGUACUCGACGGUGAAUUCAGAAUAAUAAAAGAGGACACUUUUAUUAUUUUUCACAGGUACAAGUUUCUCCCUAACCGACAGGGAGGGGUAAGUGGGUUUGGUGUCCCUCCGGCGAGCCGCAGACCACGUGACCAAAACGACGGUGGUGGAGGUGGUGGAUGGGGAGGCUGGGGACGAGGUCAACGCCUUGGCGACCAGUAAAGCUUGAAAUUAGCCCAAUAUCCGUGGAGACUAGAUUCCUUAAGGUGACUCGACCCAAUUUUUUUGGGGGGGUACCAUCCUACUUUG